AUGUUCGUUUUUGGGAAGUUCGAUGACACAAGUCGUUUUAAAACGUACGGUCUGCGAUCGUGGAGUUCAAGCAACUUUUGCAAUGGCCGAUAUGCUUCUAUUUCACCUUCUUCCUUAGAUGUAAAUAUAGAUUUUUACGGGCCUAGGGGUAAACCAAUAAGGCACGAACCGGACCCUGCGUUGAGAGCGGACCACUGCCUCUCAUUCGAAGGAUUCGUCAGAUUCCUCACUGACAAAGAUAACUACGCGUUUGUGCCAGAACAGAGAAGAGCAAAUAACAGAGCGAGCAACAAGCCCUCAUCAGCAGAAGGCGAGGAGGCAUCAAAGGAUCUCUCUAAGCAGAUGUCCGGUCCACUCAGCCAGUACUACAUUGCUAGUAGUCACAAUACAUACCUAACUGGACACCAACUGAAAGGGGAAUCUUCAGUGGAGCUGUAUAGUCAGGUCAGUGAACUAUUUAAACCCACAGAUGAUUAUGAGCCCUUUUACAAAGUUGCGCCGCUGCCGUACUGA